GCGUAGAGCAGGCAGCACGCACCAGGACAUACAGGUUCACAUCGCGCGACGCGUGCAAUGUGAUGCUUAGACAGACGCCAGGAUGCCGCAGUUUGGGCGAUCCGACCAAGGCACAAAGAUGCCAUCCAUGGGCGGAAGGGCUGGCCGCGACCUGCAGAGUUGCACUUUGGGCGUGAAGGCCCUGGUGGUCAUCUUGGUGCCUAUUGUGCUGGUCAGAUUCCUCUUCCUUGACGUCUGGGGCAGUGUGAACGAUGCCGCCGUGCCUAUCCUAGGCCUUUUCCUGCUACGUGGUGAGGACGAAUGCUUCCGCGCAUGCUACGAGCGCUUGAGUAAGAUUUGGCUCUUCAACGAAUGCUGCGGUGUCCAGCAGGAUGUGACUUUCAUCAGCGCAUUGACCAUCUUCGCGCUCAUCGCCCUGGUCAGUGGGCUGAACGACUUCUACUUACUUUGGCUUCGUGACCAGGCCAUCAUGAAAUGGCCAGGCCUGGUCGCCCUGAAUGGCAUCCUCGACCUUCUCUGCGCUACAGUGGCCGUACACAUGUGGCGAAUUCUGCACGGCAUGGCGAGCUUCCAGACGAUGCGCACGGUGGUGACCUUUGUCGACGACGACGAGGGGCAGCAGCAGAGCAGCCGAGUUGUGAGCAAAGAGCUGGAGAUUGACGCAGAGACGCUGCUGAGGGUGUCGCCCACCAAGCGCCCGGAGCGCGAGCCCAAAGGCAGAGGCGCCUCCGCCGCAAUCAUCCGCAAUCUCACAGUGCCCAUGCCGUCAGAAGAGAGCGAGAAGAGGCGAUCGCGAGAAAGCUCCUCCGAGCGAGACCUGAACGCUUUGACUCGCGAGAAGCGGCGCAGCAGAUCUUGGCUGCUGAGCAACGUGUUCAACCGCAGUCCGCAUGCGCAUUCUGAGCACAGGUCAAGCUCCCAGCCCCCAGCCAGCCACGGUUGAGUGGCACACGCUCGUACAGGGAUGCUU